AUGUCGAAGACAUUCACAAAAGACGACGUCGCGUCGCACGCCAAGCCCGAUAACCUGUGGGUGGUUAUCGAUGAGGACGUCUAUGAUUUGACUGCGUUUCAGGAUGAGCAUCCAGGUGGAAAGAAGAUUCUCCAGCGCGUGGCGGGGAAGGAUGCGUCGAAGCAGUUCUGGAAGUAUCAUAAUGAGGGGAUCUUGAAGAAGUAUAAGGGGAAGCUGCAGGUUGGAUCGCUGGACUCGAAGAAGCCUGCUGCUGCUGCACCUGAGCCGGCUGCUGCCUCGGCUUCGGCUAAGAAGACCCCCGCGCCGGUUGCGCCUGUUGAUGUGGUGUCGGCGAAGUCGACAGAAUCUCAGGAUCCGUAUGGUGAUCUGGUUCCGUUUGCGGAUCCGUCGUGGUAUCAGGGUUACCACUCGCCCUACUUUAACCAGACUCACUCUGCCCUUCGUGACGAGGUUCGCCAGUGGGUCGAGACUGAGCUCGAGCCGUACGUGACUGAAUGGGACGAGAGCAAGAAGGUCCCCGAUCAUAUCUACAAACAGAUGGGUGAGAAGGGAUACUUGGCCGGUCUGCUGGGCAUGAAGAAGUAUCCGGUGAAUUAUACGAAACACCGCGUUCAGUCCGUCGCGCCGGAGAACUGGGACCUGUUCCAUGAAAUGCUCCUCACUGAUGAGCUGUCGCGCACUGGCAGUGGUGGGUUGGUCUGGAACCUCAUCGGUGGAUAUGGCAUUGGAUGUCCGCCGCUGGUGAAGUUCGGGAAGAAGCCGCUGGUCGAGAGGAUUCUGCCCGGCAUCUUGGCCGGUGACAAGCGCAUCUGCUUGGCUAUCACCGAGCCGGAUGCCGGAAGUGAUGUGGCCAACUUGACCUGCGAGGCUAAGUUGACGCCAGAUGGCAAGCACUACAUCGUCAACGGCGAGAAGAAGUGGAUCACCAACGGCGUCUGGUCCGACUACUUCACCACUGCGGUCCGUACUGGUGGCCCUGGCAUGAAUGGUGUCAGUGUACUUCUCAUCGAGAGGGAGCAGGGCGGCGUUAGCACCCGGCGCAUGGAUUGCCAGGGUGUCUGGAGCAGUGGCACUACUUAUAUCUCUUUCGAGGAUGUCAAGGUGCCUGUCGAGAACCUGAUUGGAAAGGAGAACCAGGGCUUUAAAGUGAUCAUGACCAACUUCAACCACGAGCGAAUCGGCAUUAUAAUCCAAUGCGUCCGCUUCUCCCGCGUGUGCUACGAAGAGUCCAUGAAAUACGCCCACAAGCGCCGCACCUUCGGCAAACGACUCAUCGACCACCCGGUCAUCCGCAUGAAGCUCGCGCACAUGGCGCGCCAGAUCGAGGCGACCUACAACUGGCUGGAGAACAUCAUCUUCCAGUGCGAGUCGAUGGACGAGACCGAAGCCAUGCUCAAGCUGGGCGGCGCCAUCGCCAGUCUGAAGGCGCAGUCGACCACGACCUUCGAGUUCUGUGCGCGCGAGGCCAGCCAGAUCUUCGGCGGGCUCAGCUACAGCCGCGGUGGCCAGGGCGGGAAAAUCGAGAGGCUGUACCGUGAUGUUCGUGCCUACGCAAUCCCCGGUGGAAGCGAGGAAAUCAUGCUGGAUCUCAGCAUGCGUCAGAGUCUGCGUGUGCACCAGAUGUUUGGUCUGAAGCUUUGA